CAAGCAGAACCAGAUUCUCCAGGUGUGAGGUAAGCAAUUUGUUCUCAUUUGAUAUUAACAGCAAAAGGACGACUUUAACUUAUUUGACUUCAACAUGUGGCUUUCAAUUAAGUUACCUAAAUGAAAAUCAUACAGAAAUUAGCCUGUGAACUAGAAGACAGAGAUUUAAAUAAUCUUAAUAAAACAUUAAUGUUACAGAUGAUACUCAGGUUUUCUCUCAAAGGCAGGACUCCAACUGCGUAAGUGGAAAAGCAACAAGAGGAACAAGACAAAGGAGGGAAGGAAAGAUGAAAGACCGACUUCAAGAACUAAAGCAACGAACAAAGGAAAUUGAGCUCUCUAGAGACAAGGAUGCAUCAACUACAGAAGUAGAGGAACAAGGGGUGUUUCUGCAGCAAGCUGUUAUUUAUGAAAGAGAGCCUGUAGCUGAGAGACACUUACAUGAGAUUCAAAAACUACAGGAGAGUAUUAACAAUUUGACAGAUGAUGUUCAAAAGUUUGGGCAGCAACAGAAAAGCCUGGUGGCUUCAAUGAGAAGAUUUAGUCUACUUAAGAGAGAGUCCAGCAUUACAAAAGAGAUAAAAAUCCAAGCAGAACACAUUAAGAGAGGUUUGGAUGAUUUAGUAAAAGAAGUUAAAAAGUCAGAGGAUGAAAAUGGUCCAUCAUCAGUGAUCACAAGGAUACUUAAAUCUCAGCAUGCUGCGAUGUUCCGCCAUUUUCAGCAAACUAUGUUUAUAUACAACAACACAAUAGCAGCAAAACAAGAGAAGUGCAGGAAAUUUAUUUUCCGUCAGCUUGAAGUUGCUGGAAAAGAAGUGGCAGAAGAAGAAGUAAAUGAUAUGCUUCAUCAAGGAAAAUGGGAAGUUUUUAAUGAAAGCUUACUCACAGAAACCAAUAUCACUAAAGCACAACUCUCAGAGAUAGAACAGAGACACAAAGAACUUGUUAAUUUGGAGAACCAAAUGAAGGAUUUAAGGGACCUUUUCAUUCAGAUAUCCCACUUAGUAGAGGAACAAGGAGAAAGCAUCAACAAUAUUGAAAUGGUAAUGAAUAGCACAAAAGAAUAUGUUAACACUAUUAAAGAAAAAUUUGGACUAGCUGUAAAAUACAAAAAAAGAAAUCCUUGCAGGGUAUUGUGUUGUUGGUGUUGUCCAUGUUGUGGCUCAAAAUAA